AUGGCGGAGCAACUAACUGGUAGGUGGAUGUUUGUUGAAAUUGACAUGGAGAUUCGGAGAGCUGUGACCAUGCUGUCACAAACACAUAUGAACCUCGCAUUUGAAGUGACUGCGUUUGCGCGAGCUCUUGGCGCGUGUGCUACCUCCAGGAACCUCGCGCAGGGCAAGCGCGUCCAUGCCAACAUCCUGGGCAGCGAGCACCGGGAGGACAGGUUCCUCGGGAACCUCCUGGUUGACAUGUAUGCCAAGUGUGGCAGCGCCCAGGACGCGAGGCUGGCCUUCGACGGGAUCGUCAGCAGAAACGUCUUCUCUUGGAACAUCCUGGUCGCGGCCUACGAGCAGAAUGGACGAGCCCACGACUCGGCAGCUGCCUUCUCGCGGAUGCCGCAGCACAACGUCGUCUCCUCGAAUGUCAUGCUCAAGAUCCUGGCCCGCGAGCGAGACCUCGAGGGAGCGGUACGCACGUUUCUGUGGAUGCCGGUGCGUGAUGUGCUCUCCUGGAACACCAUGAUCCUUGCACAGACCCAGGAGCUCCUAGAGCCCGCGACACAGAUGUUUGAGCGGAUGCCGGCAUGGAGCCUGGUCACCUGGAACACAAUGCUCGCAGCACAUUCCAUAAGCGGGGAUCUGGAAAGUGCCUACACCAUCUUUGAUUCGAUGCCGCGGAGAGAUGCCGUGUCGUACAACGCAAUGCUCAUGGUGUACGCCCACCACGGCAUGGUGGAUGCAGCAAGGAGCAUGUUUUUCAGGAUGGAGCACAGGGACGUUAUCUCGUGGACGUCUAUGUUUCAGGCUUAUGCCCAGAGCGGGCAUCUUGUUGAGAGCCGCAUUCUCUUUGAGAAAUCUCCCCAGUGGGACGCUCCCUCUUGGAACUCGAUUAUCGUUGCUCAUGCAAACAACGGGCAUCUUCGUGAGGCGGUGGAUCUGUUCGAGCGGAUGCCGGAGCGGGAUAUCGUGGCUGCGACCAUCAUCGUCCAGGCAUGCGUGCACAGCCGAGAACUUGACAAGGCCGUCCGGGUGUUUGUGACGAUGUCGUAUCGCAGCGUGACGACUUGGAACUCCAUGAUCCACGGCUACUUUCAGAAUGGCCAGUACGAGGAGAUGCUACAAACGCUGGACAGGAUGCCAUCCUGGAAUGUUGGGUCCUGGAACCCCACAAUUGCGGCCUUUUCGCAGAGCAACCAGCUCCAGAAGGCUCGGGACAUGUUCGACUCGAUGCUGGAGCGGGAUGUGGUGACGUGGAACUCCAUGCUCACGGGUUUGUCUCAGAAUGGUCACGUCCGGGAGGCCGUGACCAUGUUUCAAGCGAUGCCGCAGCGUGAUGUCGUGUCGUGGAACGCAAUGGUGGCAGCUUACGGCAAGAACGAGCAGCUCAAGUACGCCGAGUCCAUAUUCAAGCGUAUGCCGCAGUGGGACUUGGUGUCGUGGAACUCGCGAAUGGCGGCCUGCCUCGACAACUUCGACAUGGAAGCGGCCAAGGAAUCCUUCGACGCAAUGCCCCAGCACACCGUUGUCUCCUUCACAGCGAUGGUUCACGCGUUUGGACAAGCUGGUCGAGUGGACGAAGCCUGGACUGGUUUCUCCAAAAUGCCGCAGCACAAUCUCGUGUCCUGGAAUGCCAUGGUCGCUGCAUUCGGUCAGAACCGGUAUACCGAUGAAGCUGCCGCUCUCUUCAGUGAGAUGCCCGAGUGGAACCUCCUGUCGUGGAACCUGAUGAUCACUGCUCUCGGGUCGACUGGAUACCUCGUGGAAGCGAAGCGUUUACUGGAUAGUAUGCCCGAGGAGGAUCUUCUAGCAAAGACUGCUUUGAUUACAGCCUAUGGGUCAUACGGCCGGGUGGUGGAAGCAAAGGUGUUGUUUGAUACCACCACGCAACGGGAUCUAGUGGUCUGGACGGCUAUGCUCGAAGUUUAUGCUCACAAUGGACACUGCUUCUCGGCUUUCGAGAUCUUCCAGGACAUGGAUUGUGAGGGAGUGAAGCCCAAUGAAGUGUCGGUGCUCUGCCUCCUCACUGGCUGCAGCCACAAAGGCAUGGUGGACAGUGGCCGUUUUUAUUUUGUGGCUGCAUUGGAGAGCUAUGGAUUGAAACACACGAUUCAGCAUUUCCAUUGCAUGAUAGACAUGCUGGGGCGUGCCAAGCGGCUGAACGAAGCAGAAGAGCUAGUUGAAACGAUGCCAUUUGUGGCUGAUGACUGGGCUUGGGCCAUUCUCCUGUCAGCUUGCAAAGUUCACGGAGAUGUAGAGCGUGGAAAGCGAGCUGCGAAGCGCGUAAUGCAGCUAGAGUCCGGCAAUGGAGCUUCCUACGUGCUUUUAUCCAGCAUGUUUGCCGUCGAGGAUGAUUCUAAGACGGACGCAGCUACCGUUAAGCUGGAUGCUUAUGCUUAA